AUGGUUGACGUACUCGAAGAUCGAAGCCUGGGACACUAUGACAUCGGGUGUGGCUUCGAAGAAACAAUCAAGCGAAGCUCCCUCAGUCCUGAAUGGCAGCAGCUGCUGUGCUGCAUGAUCAUCAACACAUUCCAUGGGUAUACACACAACUAUGCAUGUCAGACCAAGAACCACCCCAACAUCAUUGAAGGGACAGACCUCGAAGACAGCGAGACUUUCGAACAUGUGUUUAGCGCAUCGAACAGUCUUGCUCCAGUGACUCGGUACGUCUCUGCUUACCGUCGACACGUCUACAUCGAUGAGUACUUCCAUCAAUGGGAUGACGAGAAGUACGUGAGCCUUAGCACGAUGAUCUACAAUAAUUAUAUUCAAGCCCUCAAUAUCAUCGAGAUGGAGUCCAUUGCUGUUGUCGAAUCUAUGCAAUCACUAGAUGUCAAGAAAGAAGACCUUGUGCAGUGGCAUGCAGAAGAGCACUGCUACUUUCAGACUCUCAGACAGGAGCCGCUCUGGGAUGUAUAUGCGGUAGCAUAUGUUGAGAAGUUACAGGAGUGGCAAAGCAUAUGUGCUCAAGUUGAGACCGAUGCAGGUCUCUUCCUCACUUCCAUUCCAUCUGACUAUACAUUCAUCUCACUGACUGCUGGAAAUGUCGACUACUAUGCUGAAGUUUCACAUACACAGAAGCUGGAGACAAGGCGUCGAUAUCUCGAGGAACGUGAGUGUACCUUGUUGCAUGACCUGCUGGCAAUGGAGGUGCAAAUGAACAUAUCACAGCGCUGGCAGCUGACCGAUGACAAGUAUGUCAAAACAGCCAAGUAUGUUGCAAUGUGCACAUAUCACCAUGCAUUGAACAACCUACAGCAGCUUGUUGUGCAGCGACUGUUUGAGCUGCACAAGCUGAAUCUAUCUCAGACAGCCUAUCGUGCUCGCACACACAUUGUGAAGUCUUUGCAAGCUCGCUGCAAGGCCAUACGGCAUGCCGUCAAGGCAUACAAUACUGCUGCACUCACAAUCGAUCCUCCACGCCCGAUGCUGUAA